UCUCUUUUCUCCUCCAAGCUAUUGUUAGCCAGAUCCAUACCAAACAACUUCUGCAUCCUUAAUUCAUCCAGAGCUAUGGAAGGAGCUUUGGCAGCUGCUGCAUCUCGCUUCAUGGUCCAGAAGGUGGCAGAUCUCCUCCAACUCGACCAGAAACUCAAGGCAAUGACUGGUAUCAAAAGGAAGAUGGAGAAGCUCAAGGAGUUGUCCACGAUCAUUGACAAGGUGAUCCAAGAUAUCGACUCCCGCCCUUCUAUCGAUGAUGCUGUGAAGGACUUGCUGGAGAAGCUCAAAUACUUGGCCUACGAUCUCGAGGAUGUCGUGGAUUACUAUGAUAUAAAAGUCUUCCAAAAGCAGAGAUCAAAAACUUUUUUAAGGCCGGUGAGUGAUUUCUUCUCUUCUGAUAAUCAAGUUGUGUUUAAGAGCAGGGUAGGUGGCAUGAUAAAAACUAUAACAGAAAGUCUGGAUUCUAUUUUGCUGCAAAAGUCCAUUCUUCAAAAUUUAUCACAAAGCAGUAUCCGUAUGUCGGAACAAAGAGAGACCCACUCCCGCAAUAGCUUUGUUGUUAUAGGGAGAGAACCAGAGAAGAAUAUGAUUGUCAACAUGUUAACAAAGGAUGAUGAUGAUGAUGAUGAAAGCAACCAUGGCACAGUGAAGGUCAUUGCCAUCGUUGGGAUGGGUGGCCUAGGGAAGACUACACUUGCUCAGAUUGUUUACAAUGAUGCGAGGGUGCAAGACCAUUUUGCCAGUUUGAGAAUGUGGAAAGUUGUCGGAGCUGAAUUUGAUCCUGCAAAGAUAAUGAAGUCUGUUUUACAACUGGCUGCUCAUAAAUCAGUCGAGAUCUCAGAAAUAGAUUUAGUGAGGCAGAAACUGGAAAAAGCAUUAUCUGGGAAGAGAUUUCUGCUUGUGCUGGAUGAUGUAUGGAAUGAAGAUCCAUUUGAGUGGGGUAAACUGAAAGCAGCUUUAACAUGUGGUGCGAGUGGAAGCAAAAUUUUGGUGACAACCCGUAGCCAACAGGUGUCUAAAAUUAUGGGCUCAUCCAAUACCACCCACCAAUUACAACAGUUGUCCGAAGAUGAUUGUUUGUCCUUAUUUCAACAAUUUGCAUUUGGAGAUCAAGCAGUGGAUCAAAAGUUGAUGGAGAUUAGUAAACAGAUUAUUGAGAAAUGUGGCGGUGUGCCCUUGGCUGCCAUAUCUCUUGGUAGCAUGCUCCGUGGCACUCGAGAUAAGACUUAUUGGUCGUCGGUAUUAAAGAGUGAAAUAUGGCAGCUUCGAGAUGAACAGAAAGUGUUAGCUGUACUAAAGUGGAGCUAUGACACUCUCCCUCUACAGUCAAAGAAGUGUUUUGCAUUUGGCUCCUUAUUCCCGAAAGACUAUACGAUGCAAAAGGAUGAAUUGAUAAAGCUGUGGAUUUCAAAUGGUUUUGUACGUUCAGAAAGAAAUUUUGAUGCUGAAACAGUGGGCAACCGCAUCUUUGAUGAUCUUGUGCUGAGAUCAUUCUUUCUCUUGGCCCCUUUUGAAGAUGAUCCUCAUGUAACACACUGCACGAUGCAUGAUUUGAUGCAUGACCUAUCACGAUCAGUAUCUGCAAAUGUAUAUUGGAAUGUAGAAGACUCGGUGGAAGAUAUAGGAAACAGAACAUAUCAUUUGCACCUCUGCUCGACACAUGUAUCAAAAAUUACUCAGGCCUUAGGCAAGAAGCCGUUGUACUUGCGUACCCUUAUAUUAAGCAGUUGUGGGUUAUUUCUGAAUGCCAAUCCACUUGAAAUUGUUUUCUCAGAACUGAAAUUCUUGCGGGUGUUAGAUUUAAGUGACAAUGACAUCAGGGAGGUGCCAACAUCAAUAGGAAAUCUGAUACAUUUGAGGUACCUCAACUUAUCUACCAAUAAAAUUGAAGUUCUACCCGACUCCAUGACCCUUCUCCCCAAUUUACAGUAUCUUAAUCUCAGUUUCAAUUACAAACUUCGAGAGCUACCAAAAGAUUUGGGGAAUAUGCAAAGCCUUCGGGAUCUUACUUGCAGGCGUCGUGGUUUCGUAGGUAGUUUUUUCCGAAGUGGUUUAGGAUUGACACACAUGCCCUGUGGGUUGUCACGACUAAUUAAUCUACAUAGUUUACCUGUCUUUGUUGCUGGAGACAGAACUGGUGCAUGCUCAAUUUUAGAACUUGAGGAUUUGAAGCUUCAUGGAGAAAUAGAAGUUAUAUUUUCUAAAGAUUUUAAGAAUUAUUCUUGCGGUGGUAGAAAAAUCUUUAAGAAUAAAGAUCUUAAUGAAGUAUACAUAGAGUUUAAUCGUUCAGAGAGUAAUGACAAGGACAUGUUGGAUGAUCUUGGUCCAAACACGAGCUUAAAUAAGUUAACCAUAUUCCACUAUGGGAGCCGACAAUUUCCAACAUGGUUGAUGGAGUUACAAUUGCCAAAUUUGGUUGAAGUUCGCCUUGUAAACUGUCGUGUUUGUGAGCAUAUUCCUCCGUUUGGAAAUCUACAGUUUCUUAAGAAGCUCGACUUACACUCUAUGUAUGGCAUCACACAGAUGGGUGCUGAGUUCCAUGGGUACGGAGGCUUUCCUUCCCUUCAAGAACUCCGCUUGACUUGGAUGGAUAAUUUAGAUCAAUGGUCAGAGGCUCAUGGUGUCGGUGCGUUGUUCCCUGUACUGCAGCGGGUGAAGAUUAUCCAUUGUCCGAAAUUGAAAAGUAUGCCGAUGCUUCCUACAAUCCAACACCUUGAGAUAUCAUACUGCUGUGGGAGUAUACUCUCAUGUAUCGGAAGGCUAACUUCUCUUUCGUUUCUCAAAGCGGCGGAGAUAAAUGACAUGACAUCUUUUCCAAGUGGCUGCAUCAGAAACCUCAUAUCCUUGACAGAAUUAAAAAUUAUAGAAUGCAGACAACUCCAAUCUCUUCCUGGGGAUGAAAUGCAGCACCUAGAAAUGCUACGUUCAUUGACCAUUGAAAAGUGUGAUAAUUUGGCAUCCUUCCCGUCGGAAGUGGGGCGUCUUAGUUCUCUUUGUUUUCUACGGCUCUCAGAAUCUACAAGUAUAAUAUUUCAGCCAGAAGAACUCGUACAAAUCUUGAAUUCAGUACCUAAGUUCCAAAUACAGAUUUGUAGCAACAAAGUCAAUUUACGCGGGCAACUGCAAUAUUUACACACGCUCAAAGAAUUGUCUCUACGUGGCCAACAUUAUCUAUUUACUAAGUACAGGAUUGGGUACGAAAUCGCAAAAUUAAGUAUUUGUUGUUGUGAUGAAUUGGAGUCGUUGAUGACAACAGAACCAACAAGCAGUGUGCUAGAAAAACUAUACAUAGAUGGAAUUUCCAAUCUAAUGACCUUGCCUGGCUGGCUACAAUAUCUCAGUUCUCUUUGUUUUCUACGGCUCUCAGGUUGUCCAAGUAUAGUCUUGCAGCCAGAAGAACUCGUACAAAUCUUGAAUUCAGUACCUAAGUUCCAAAUACAAAUUUGUGGCAACAAAGUCAAUUUACAUGGACGACUGCAACACUUGCACACGCUCAGAGGAUUGUUUCUAAUGGGUGCACAUUAUGGAUCAUCUUUCUAUGAGUACCGUGAACGGUAUGAAAAUCCAAAAUUAAGUAUUUGUUGUUGUGAUGAAUUGGAGUCGUUGAUGACAGCAGAAGCAACAAGCAGUGUGUUAGAAGAACUAUCCAUACAUGGAAUUUCCAAUCUCACGACCUUGCCAGACUGGCUACGACAUCUCAAGUCUCUUCGUGUUCUAUCGCUCCAGAACUGCUCAGAAUUAGGACUUUUGCCAAGAGGUUUGAAGAAUCUACCUAUGUUGGAAACUUUCAGGGUUUCCAACUGCCCACAAUUGAAAAGAAGAUGCGAAAGGGAGAUCGGCGAAGAUUGGCCCAUCAUCUCGCAUCUGCCAUCUGUUCAUAUUUCAUAGGCUCCUCAGAUUCAGGUGGGCAUAGUUCAAAAGGAUGCAAGUCUAGGGAGGUGACUGAAUAUGAGAUCAUAUAUAGUUACUAUUUAAAUUAGGUGCAUCUAUGGUACCUUAUAAUGAAAUUGUUCGUAUACACGUGAUUUAUUAUAUGUCAUACUACUACUUAUUUUAUUAUUGGAUACAUUAUGAUUUUUUCUCUUUUUAAGGAGCUAGUGUUACUAUGUUGUGUGUAAAAUUUUGUUGCUUUAAGAUGUAUAAUUAUGUAAUAAAUAAACUUGAUAUUGAGUGACA